AUGAGCAAUAGUGCUAGUUUUGCUGUUAUUGCUGGUCUGUUUGGUGUUCUUAGUGGUAUUUAUAUUGGAACCCAUCUGAAUGUGAUUCCAAACUCGGGUCUUCCAAAGAAACUAAAAAAAAUAGCCAAUGCAGAAGACAAUGCUCCAAGUGAUGACGAAAAUUACAGCGAUGACGAGGAUGGGGGGAUUGAAGUAAAUAGUGGAUCACUGAAUGAAAUCGGAGGUGAAGUCCGUAUGGCUUUAGUUGUAAGAACGGAUUUGGGUAUGUUGAAGGGUAAGGUUGCGGCACAGUGUUCACAUGCAGCUGUUGCAUUGUAUAGGAAAAACCUGGUUAAUAACCCAACAAUGCUAAAAAGAUGGGAAAACUGUGGACAGGCGAAAAUCACCCUCAAAUGCGUUUCAUUGGAAGAUAUUGAAGAGUUGCAAGCUAAAGCUGCAAGCUUGAAUAUUGAAAACUACCUUGUUCAUGAUGCUGGCAGAACUCAGAUUGCAAGUGGCUCUGCUACUGUUCUUGGUUUAGGUCCUGCUCCAAAGGCCAUCAUGGAUAUGGUUACUGGUGAACUAAAAUUGUAUUAG